AUGCAGUAUCAUCCAGUAGCGCUAGGCGGACAUUGCGCGAUAUCCACAGCUGGUCAUGUCAGGCAGGGCAGGUUGGUGCGCCAUGCGAACGCAGCCGAGUCAGCUGUCGACACGAGUGCAAGUCCUGCGGGUGAGGCUGCAGUCUGUGAGGACGCUCGCAACCUCAUCGUCCACUGUCCAGUGUUGAUCGUUUGGCACGCUCUAUCGUACCUGAUUACUGUCACUAAGCCAAAUACUGUGGGCGAUAUACGUUUUUAUGAAACCGUGGCGAUAGUUAGUAUUAAGUUUCUCAAGUCGCGGCGCGGCAAAGUGAUCAUGAUGGUGAACACGUUCCCUUUCUGUGAGGAGUCCAAGUUGAGGGACAAGGUGAUAUGGCGGUGUACUUCCAAGAAGACAAAUUGCAAAGCGAGGAUACAUAUGUUGGGCACCAGCGUGGUCGCAGUGAAGGGCAUGCAUAACCACCCGCCGCGCGCUCUCUGCCUGCCCCCACGGCGACCUAACGCGCGCAAGGGACUCGAGGCGAGUCCCACUCCGGUUUCUCUAACUGCCCCAGUCACGACACUCGAUGCUCUUGCGCUGCAGUCGUCUGAAAUAGAAUGAACACUCUGUAGAAGUCAUUGCGUAUGAAACAGCAUUACUUUUCUUUACUCGUACUGAAUGAAGUGUAUUUAAUUUACGUAUAUCCAAGCAAUUUAGACAAUAAUAUUAUAUAUAAAUAAGCAUAUAGGUGUUAGGAUAGCAGUUAAGAUUGUGUGGUAUUGUCCUGGACGGUCAAUUACCACGUCGAUUCCAUUCCAUGAAUAACAUUGUACUGCCGCCUUUAUCGCUUUCUCUGGUGCUUUGGUAAGUAAAAAAGUGUUCCAUAGGUUUAAAAUGUGUUGUAUUCUAAUGAACUGAACUGUAGUACUCUACUUCCUUGUUAAUGUUUUAUCGGAAUGUAUAGAUAUUUAGUUAUGCACUAUCGUUUUAAUUGAUACGUUUUAAUGCUCGUCGAGCUGUAAAAAGGCGAUCACGCAAUCGAGUGAUGCUUCCAUCGGCACUGGUGUAAUCGUUGUCUACCAACGUUUCAAGACGCUCUGUACCUACCUGACAUGCACUAACAAUGCCGAAUUGUGAUAACAUUCGAUCAUUACUAUACAAAUUUUAAUAUUAAAUAUUUAAUGUACUUAUGUCAAGAUGUAAAACUCAAGUAUUUAUUACUCGUUGAUAUUUGGCGUGUGUUAUAUCCUAAAUUGUAAGAAAAAGUGCCUUGUGUAUAACAAUGGGACAUAUAUUGUCAAUUAAAAUAAUUGAUGUACUGAACAUUCCCUAUUGAAAAUUUUAGCUGUGCUCUUUGUAGUUAUAUUAUACAUUAUACAGUAAUUUUGAUAUUAUCUUUAUAAAUAUCGAUUUGAAAGACAUCGUUACUUUUAUCGAGAGUAUUACUCCUAAGAUUUAGAUCAUUAAAGUUUAUAUUUGAAUA